AUGGCCGUCAUUGUUUUGAAUGACGACUUCGAUGUCCGAAUGGUCGAUAUUGGCAAGAUGCCAGCUCUUCUCACCCUCACAGGCGAGACAUACGGACUAAGUCAGCCACCAUCUUUCGAUUCUAUCAAGAAUAAAGUAGACAAGAUUGUUUCAAAAACAACAGUCCAAGUGCGUUUGCACGUGGCGAUCGACUUCGCACUCGCUCAGCAAGAGCGAGAAGUCGCUUUCUUUGGCCCGCAGCCCGAUCCUGUCGAGUCAACAAGAGAGCUAGAGAGCGGCACGUGCUGUAACAUGCAAGAAGUACGAGCAUUCGUGAAUCAAUUGGGCUGGACUGGCGAACCUCUUCAGGGCCCGAGCUCGGCGUGGCUUGAUCCUACGGUUCAUUCAGAAUGGCUUGGGCAUGGUGCCAGAGAUGAUAAGCUUAUUUAUGAAAGCCUAGAGAAGCAACAAAGAUGGGAUAUUCUUCGUCGGACUGUUGGACUAAAGGAGACCCCGCGCCGACUUCUCAAACGUCGAAAUAGCAUAUCUUGA